GAUGCCUUCUUGGAGCCCUACCUCCAGGGCCUCGGAGACCGUCAGAGUCCCGGAGUGGGCGCUCCAUCGCCCUCUCCGCCACCCUCUAGGCUGGUCCCGGUGCAGCCCCCGCCAUCGUCUAGAUCUCUGUCAAGGGAGUCGCUCAUGUCCUCUAACGGGGGUUCAGAUGCCAGCAGCGAGGACAGCGAGGAAGGUUAUGGAGCUACGUGUGAUAUAAGUCUGAUGGAACGUUUAGUCCUGUCCCACCCAAUAUGGUUUCUGCCAGGGAUCCAACGUGCAGGCGCAUUUCACCUGCUUCAAGGGAAAGAAGAGGGUUGCUUUGUCGUUAGAAAAUCGUCUCAAUCUGACACAAUGGCCCUGUCGGUUCGUCUUCCACCAGAUAAAGGCCCCUACAUAGAACAUUACCUCAUUCAUUCUUCCGAAGGCCGCUUAGGCCUAGAAACGAGUGAGAACCGAUUUGUCGAUAUGGCAGCUUUAAUAGCUCACUACGCUAGCUGCUGUGAUGAACUCCCUGUACAGUUAACUUUGCCCAAAUCCAUAAGAGAAUCAAAAAGCCGGCAGCAGUUGUCUUCCCUAGCGCUACUCGGACAGGAAUUCUGGAGUUACAGCCCUCCCGUUUCGGCAGCUUCAAGUCCCGACGCGGACUUAGUUCUUAAUUUAAAUCCCCUGAUGAGUACUUUCAAGCAAGCCGAACCUUCUACACCAGUUUUGAAAGAUAAGCCGGCUAGGCCCAAUACACUUAAUCUUUCAAGCAAAAACGAUCCGAAAGGGGAAGGCUUAAAAAGCGUCUCAUCACUUAAGGGUGAAUUGGUAUCGAAAACACCGCCUCCGCCGCCUCCCAGGUGGUCUAAACCAACUACACCAAAUAAUUUUACAGUUACCACAACUGUAACGUUCAGCGUUAACGCACAGAGUCCUGGAAACGAGCAGCCCCCGACACAGGAACUAGUAAAUUGUGAUCCAAAACGAAUGUCGCCGGAGGGCCAGUGCACCUCUACGAUAUCCUCUAAAGGCAGUUUGCGCCGUGCCCCUCUCAAUCAAAUUCUGUCGCCAAAUUCAGUAUUAUCUCCCAACUCAGAUACGCCAGACACACUAUCACCACUCUCUGUCUCCAAAGGGGCACGGCAUAGCAAAAGAUCAAAGCACAAAGUCUCAAAACAUUACCAGGAAAGCGAUAUAGUUGAUUCCCCGACCGUUCUAUACUAUAAAAGUGGACUCGGGGAUAAAAUAAGUGACUACGAGGACUUGUGGACCAAUGACCAGAGCACCACCAAAUCCGCGAACAACAGCGGCAGUAAUUUGGCCUCACCUGAUAUUCUGCAGCAUACCGGCAACAUCGUCUCUUUGAAUAAUAAUAUUCUAAGCCCUACCGACUCGCAUAAUGGAUCGUCACAGAGGAGUGUCUGCAGUACGCCUUGCCAAGGCCAGAAUUCAAAUAAAGCUUCGUCUGUACAAUCGCCCCUAACAGAAUCGACGAUGUUGUCACCGACAGUCCCCGAGUUACCAAGUCCCCACACUCCGAAACAAGGCAGCCCUUUCUACGCAGAACCGGCAGACGCUUUGGCUCAGGGGCAGCAGGUGCCAAGGAGACUGGUGAAUAGGCCAGCGCCAGGGAUCCCAAUGCAUCACAGGCAUUCUAACCCUCCUGCUCUGCACUCACACAAAACCUUAAAUUCUGGACUGGAGAGGGUGGACGAUUCUACGGAAUUCAUUGGGGGAGUGAUAUCGGCUUCGGUGGACAAUUUAAGCCCCAAGCAAAGGUUUAUGGGGAUUAAAAAACCCGAGGUUAAACCCGUACAGCCUCCUUUGGUCAAGCCACGGAUAAAUGACAGCUGGCAAAUCGAUAACGGUUGGAAAUUUAUGACAAACGAUUGCGAUGUCAAUAUGGAAUCCAGCGAUCAAGAUUAUGACUCUGACUGGCCCACUAUCCCCAACUUUAUCUCGUCGCUCGAUUCUUACACUCCCGAUCCCGACGACCGUACCACUUUACAAGAUCUAAUCUCAAAAAGGUUUCCUGACAUUAAAACGUCGUCUGGCAUGCACUUGGACGAGGAGAGAUGUCGAAUGUCGGCUUAUGAUAACGUGGAGGACAAAAGGACCCCCAGGCCCCCUCCCUCGGAAAUUAGCGAGAUUACUGAGUUUUCUGACCCUUGGGCUGAAGUUAGUCAAGGCGUUACUGAGACUGAAGAUUCCUCUUAUUGUGAUACACCGUACACUUCCAAUACGAAAGUGGCUUCCAUCAGCAGAUCUAAAAGUUUCAAGGACAAGUUGGAUCCAUUGCUUUCUGCUCCACGUUUGCAAGCGUUGAGGAAUAGAGACCAAAAUGGACCAAAAACCGUCGGCAGCAGUAUUAGGACCUACGCUUUAGAAUUGGCUCAAGAUAAAAGCACCACCUUUGCUCAAAACAUAGACAAUUUCAUAGCUUGCACUUGUGAAUCGAAAGAAACGAAUCCUCAAGUAGUUAUGAGAAAUAUGAGGCAGUUCAUGUCGGGGAUGAAGAAUUAUCUGGUGAAGCACGGAGAGAAAGGUUUCUAUAAGGAAAUAGAGCGAGAGAGGAGUAAGUUAAAAUCGACGGAGUUUCUUAAUCUAGACGCAAUUUUGGAAGGGGUAAUGCACAAGUUAGUAGUUAAACCUCUGAAGAACCAUUUGCAGAAGUUGUUUUUGGAUCAUUACACUAAAACCGGUGCCAUUAGACUACUAGCGGAUAAUAUUCAAUACGCUUCCACAAGACCGAUAGCGGAACUAGCCAUAAAGCCAAAAAUUUCAUUGCCAUCGGACAGCGUCCUAAACAGGAUUUCCCAGUAUCUACAGAGGCUUCAGAGUGCCGAUUCCCCGUUAGAAAAACUUGAAUAUCUUUUGGCGGCUAUUGCAGUAAUUUUUAACUCGGUAAAAACCGGACAAUUAUCAUCGGGCACUGCGAAAACUGUGCAGUUGGGUGCCGACGAUUUCUUGCCACUGUUCGUUUGGGUCUUGGUGAAAACUAAUUUCGUAGCGGCCGAGAUCGAGGCUGAAUAUAUGUGGGGUUUGUUACAUCCCUCCCUUCUCUCGGGCGAGGGUGGUUAUUACUUAACUACCCUGUCGUCCGCCGUACACGUACUUAAGAAUUUCAAGGAUAGCUGUGAGGAAAAUGUGAAAAAUCACGUUAAAAAUGAUUCUGUGUUAAAAGUGGUAGUCCCAGAUGAACUUCACGGCUCAAUACUGACGAAGACUCUGCCUGCCAGGCCUCACAUGACUACAAAGGAGGUGUGCAAGAUUAUAGCGCACAAGGCGAGGAUAACCAACCCACAAGACUACGCUCUCUAUAGACUUACCGACGGCGAAGAAAUGAUGCUGAUGGAUAACGAGUGCCCUCAAGAUUUUAUGAAGGAAGGUAAACAUACCAUGCUGGCUUACAAGAGGAUAGACGCGAAAAUAGCCUGGCCAAAACAGGACAAACUGAAUAUCUAGUCAUUAUUGUUUUAGUUUGUCCUUUGCGAAACACCUGUAAAUAUCGUUUGUGUUAUAUAAAAUCAAAAUGUAACUUGUCAUUUGAUAACUUUUUAAUACAUGUUAAUGUUUUUUACUCCGUAGCCUGGCUACAAACUUUAAUAUUUAUUUUAAAAUAAAUACUGUGAAUUGUCUUUUUAAUAACAAAUUUUGUAUUUAAUUUAUUUGAA